GUAGCGCAAAAACACCGUCAGAAAUCAUACUGACUUCUGUAUUACUGCAUCCAACGCAAGCGACGACAUACCGGUAUGUUUGAUGGUCCCCCUUUUUCUUCUGCGAGCUCACACGGGCUUCGCAGUGCUGCUCUUUACCCUGAUAUUAUGCAUUUGAGCCUUUACAUUCCUUUGGUUGACUGGACACACAUAUCAAGGCCGAGCUUGUCCCGGCGGUCACCGCACUAGUUUCCACAUGUCCUGUACUAUUGUGUGCAAAUAAUGAUGUAUAAAGUAUGCAGUGAGGCCAGCACCUACGAUAAGCUGUGGAGUAGCUCGGGGGCCUCGCCGGCUCCUGCAUUCAUCUUUAGAAUACUGAAGACUUAGUUUGCGCGCAGCAUGUUGGGCUGGCGGCCUAAGAGAAUAACAACUCUGUUGCUGCUCGGCGGGUUGCUGCUGCAUGGCGCACUACUCUUUGGUGCUCGGGCUCUUGCUCCACCGCCGGGCACGCCCGCACCUCCAGACAUCACAGAUUGCAUCAGCUGCAACGCAGCACUUAGCCCUGUCUGCACGUCUGGUGGGCUAACCAUAGCGAAUGCCUGCCUUGCGAAAUGCCAAGGCCUGCUGGACUUCGUCGACGGGGCGUGUAACGCGGACCCGUUGUUCCAGUCGCUCGCGGCGUCCCUUCCUCCAGCAGCUCCCAUGCCUCCAGAGGAGCUAUUGCCCUUGGUGGCUCAGGCGGAUGCUGGGAGAGGGGUAUCACUCGGGCCCCCGCCAGCACCUCCGAACUCCCCACCGCCCCCUGAACCACCAGCACAGCCCGCGGCCCAGGCAGCAGACGCGGUUGUUGAGCAGGGCAGCAUUGUCGACACGGAGGCGGUCACGCGGUACUGGACAGAGGGUUUCGUCUACCUGGGCCUAGCCGCGGACCUGGGUGUGGCGGGGGUGCCAGAGACCACGGACCCAGCAACCGAGAGGCGCCGAAGAGCCACGCAGGAGCUUGGUAGUUCGGAGCUCUUGUUUCGCUCAUUCCGGCUACAUGCAGAUGGAUCCCUGUAUGCGGAGGCUCGGCCGUGGGCGCUAGACGUCAGCUCUCUGGGCAGCGAGCGGCAGGGCUCCGUCACGGAUGCGGAGUUAUUAAUGCGUAGGAGGGAGCGGCACCGCUUGUUGCGUCAGCAGCGACAGCAACAGGCGCAGCAGCCGGAGCGGUCGAGAGGGAACGGACACGAGGGCGAGGACCCAGAGCAGCAGCAGUGGGAAUCGGAUUCAAACGAGGGGGAUGACGGCCAGGCGGAGGAGCGGCAGCAGGCGCAACCCGCAUCGCUUCAUCGAGCGGCGGCGGGACAGGGAGUGCGCCGUCGCAGGCGCGGCCUGCUGCAGAAGGAGGACGCACGCUACCCAGUCAGGGACACGGGAUACUGGCCGAACAACGCCGUUGUGCAGAUGUACUUCGUGACCACGGGGACCAACACAGCGACGUCCUGCUCGGGCACGUGGGUGUCUGGAUACGAUGUCUUGACCGCCACGCAUUGCGUGUACAACUGGGCCGCCGGCGCGACUUACACAAACUUUGUGAUCCGUCCGGCCAUGUCGGGCGAUGUGUGGAACGGCACCUACAAGGCCGUGUUCACGACCUGGUACCGUUCGGAAUGGAACCGCACCAACUACCUUAACGAAGUUAACUACUACGACAUCGCAAUGAUCCGAGCGGAGGCCAGCGACACCUCUACCAUCAUGCCAUACCCCACGUACCUCGGGUACAAGUACGACUGUGCAAAGAGCCUCUACUCGGCAUCCACGUGCGGCUACCCGAACGACCGGCGCUUGGGGGACUUCGCGGCGUCAGCUUCUUACACCCAGAUGUGCUGUGACUUCAGCUUCCCGGGCACCACCUGCCAGGCUGACUUUCAGCCGCUGACCUCAUGCUACACCUACCCUGGAGCCUCCGGGAGCUCUGUGUUCGAUCUUGGGGACUACAAGGCGAUAGGCGUGGUGAGCGGCAGGCCCUCAGACAAUACGUCCUACUCCAGGUGGACGCCGCUCACGGCGCAGCACUUCGGUGCGCUGGAGCGAUGGCGCUACCAAGGCGGCGUGGUGGCCCCGCUUCCACCGGCGCCGCCCAGCCCACCUCCGCCACCGCCUCUGAACUACACACGCUAUGCAUGCGCUAGCAACGGCACCGUGCGCCUCGUCAGCUCCAGUUUUGAUGGCAGGGGUCGCGUGGAGAUUUGUGCACCCGACAUCGGCGGCAAGCUGUGGUGGAGCAGCGUGUGCUCGCGCGGGUGGGGCUACCCAGAGGCGCAGGUGGUCUGCCGCCAGCUAGGGUACACGACCACCACCGCCCAGCCCACACAGAAGGGCUACUUCGGCGCAGCGUCAUCGGAUCAGUAUUUCUUCUUCAUCUCCAACGUCACAUGUGUGGGCACGGAGGCCUCACUCUCGGAUUGCAGGCAGACGGCCUGGGGCAACCUCGACUCCUGCUCAAGCCUGGAUGUGGCGGGCGUGGUGUGUGAUGGCUCAACGGGGUCUGGGAGUACCCAGGACAGCGUGACCGCCAUCCCCUACACAAACGAUACAUGCACGCAAUGGGCGACACGUGUCAACAAUGCCACCACCUAUGCGAACGGCACGGUUGUGGGCCGCAUUGAGGUCUGCAUCAACGGCGUCUGGGGCACUGUGUGCCGCCGGCUAUGGGAUGAUGUGGACGCGACGGUGGCGUGCAAGGGUCUCAGCUACACGUAUGGCGUGGCGAAGCGGCUGAACGAGUCGUGGAGCUCCACGGAGCCGUGGCAGGUUGCUCAGCCCAGUGUGCCCAUCUGGCUCGCGGACCUCAACUGCACGGGUGCUGAGGCGGAUUUGUCGGCCUGCAACCAGCUGCUUGCCUACGGGAGCACCCAGUGCACUCACGGAAUGGAUGCCGGCAUUGUGUGCUCCAACACGACCCUUGGGCCGCAGUACAGCGACACAGCCCAAUGCUCAACUCUGGGCGACAUCCGCUUGGUUCCAACGGAUGACGCGUCAGUAGGUGGCGCCGAGGUGGCAGGUCGUGUGGAGGUAUGCUACAAUCGGCGGUGGGGCACCAUCUGCGCGGACAGCUACUGGGGUGUCGAAGAAGCCGAGGUGCUGUGCAGGCACCUCGGCUACAGCUACUUCUUCGUGAACAUGACGGCUAGCAUGGGCUCGCUGCCGGUGUGGGCCUCGUACACGCAAUGCACCGGCAACGAGGACAGGUUCUUCAAGUGCCAGAUGUGGGGCCUGCGCGAGGUGACCGACUGCACCAGUGGUACACGCGCCGUGGUGGCGUGCUCCAACUCGCCGACCAUUGCUGCGCCGCCGCCGCCUGCGAGCCCGUACGCAUGCACCACACCCGGCGCUCUCCGCUUGGCGCCCAACGACACCUCGACCAAGACCUACAUGUACAGUGACACCACGGCCGGUACCGCGGGGGGACGCCUGGAGUUCUGCUACAAUGGACAGUGGGGCACCUUGUGCGCGGAGUACUGGUCGACGCCUGAGGCGCGCGUGGCGUGUCGGCAGCUGGGGGGAGGGCUCGAGUACGGCGGCGUGGUAGCCAACGGCACGUACGGCUUCGCGCCAUCCGGCCAGCCUGUAUGGCUGUCCAUUGCCAACUGCACAGGCGCUGAGACCUCAUUCGCCGAGUGUGCGCGCUACUCCAAUUACAACUACACCAUCACCAACACCACAUUCUACCCCGGCCAACUUGGUGUCUUGUCACUUGAGUCUACGCUGUACGGCGGCAAGACCGUGUGUCAGUCACACCUCGCUGACCUCAACAUCUGGUGCUCGAAGACCUGGCUCUCCCCGCCGCCGCCACCAUCGCCGCCACCGCCAGCGCCACCGCCAGUUGGAGAUACCUGCUCUGCGGGCGAAGACGGCAAGCUGCGGCUUGUUACCGGUAACGGCACGAGCUACGUGUACGAUGGCACGAGCGGGCAGACCCAGACCGGUUUCCUGCAGGUCUGCUACAGCGGCACCUGGGGCCGUGUCUGCGCGGCACGCUUUGGUACCCCGGAGGCGCAUGUCGCGUGCCGGCAGCUGGGCUUUGCCGGUGGCAGCAAGAUGACUUACAGCGGCCUGCUCCCGUUGUACGUGUGGGGCCCGGCCAAGCUGGGCCCCGCCUGGAUUGAUGGCCUCAUCUGCAACGGCACCGAGGCGAUGCUGACCUACUGCUACUUCAAGGGCUGGGGUAGCCUGGUGGACUCGUGCCCGCCGGUCCAGGGCGUAGAUGCGGGUGCGGACCUGGUCGUGCAGUGCCUGACGUCCGUCAACAGCCCGCCACCCCCGUCGCCGCCGGUUCCGCCGGUUGCAAACUACGGCUGCGACACGCAAGGGGCGCUGCGCCUGGUGGACAAGAGUGGAGCCGUGGUGGACACGUCGUCAGCGGCCACGGUGGAGGGCGCGGUACACGUGUGCAUGAACAGCUCAUGGAGCUAUGUCUGCGACUAUCUGUUCAGUUCCAACUUCGCGGCCACGGUGGUGUGCAAGCAGCUGGGCUUUGGCGGUGGCACGCCAUACAGCUGGACACAGCUGGCGGCGCGGGGCUACAACAACUCCCUGGUGCAGCCGGCCGGCAUGCCGCGCGGCCCCAGCCAGCUGCAGGUGUGCUACGGAGACGAGCCCACGCUCCUGGACUGCGAAUGGACCGCCAACGACGUCUUCAACUGCCCCACGUCCAACAGCGUCGCGGGCGUGUUCUGCACCCGCCAGGCCCCGCCGCCCUCGCCGCCAGCCCCGCCCCCGUCGCCGCCACCCUAUUGGAGCCAGACGUCCUGCUCUCGGAACUACGACAUCCGCUUUGUGGACGGCCCCAAUCCCACAGCCGGCCGCGUGGAGGUCUGCUACAACGGCACCUGGGGUCUCAUCUGCGCCCGUUACUGGGACGACUCUCUCUCCAAUAUCAUUUGCCGCCAGGCUAUGGGCUCUAGCUCAGCCAUCGGUGAGGCCAUGAUCGAUUGGGACGGCGUAGCUACUGCGGCGGCCAACGGCACCUACCCGCGCUUCGCGUACCUGCUGGCGAGCGUGACCGUCACAUACCAUCUGGACGGCGGUUUCAUCAAGCCCUUAUGCACCGGCAACGAGAACAAGCUUUCAGAGUGCGUGCCGCUGGAGGCGUUCGGCAAGGCGGCCAGCACCUGCAGCCGGUUUUCAGAGGUUGGCAUCAAUUGCUGGGCCUCGCCGAGCGCCAAGGUCAGCGUGCCGGCGACCACUGCGCCCUACAGCUGCGCAGGCUUCCAGAACGGCACCGUCCGACUGGUCAACGGCGCCACGCCCGCCAUGGGCCGUGUGGAGGUGUGCUGGAAUGGGAACUGGAGCGUCGUGUGUGGGAGCGGGUGGGCCAACGCCGCUGCCGCUACAGUGUGCCGCCAGAUGGGCUAUACGUCAGGCUACGUCAACAACCUGGGCGGAAUAUCUUUAACCUCUCUAGCGCCCAACUCGCGCUAUGCGAUCUGGGGGACUCCGGCCAGCGACCAGCCCGUUGCAUUGCACCGGGUGACUUGCACCAGUACGGCGACCCACAUCCUCAACUGCACGUUAAAUUCCGGAACAGCUUCUAACCAGUUUUAUUCCUCAGGCGUGGCUCCCAUCGGCUCCUGCAUCGCGCCCGCACGCGUGGUCUGUACCGGCCUCGGGUUCUACAUGCCUCCACCCAGUCCUCCCAGCCCGCCGUCGCCUCCACCAUCCCCAGCACCUCCGUCGCCACAGCCUCCAAGCCCUCCACCGCUGCCUCCAAGCCCAAGGCCACCCAGCCCAGCUCCACCCUCACCACCGCCAAAGCCGCCUAGCCCGGAGCCUCCGUCGCCUGCGCCAUCACCGAUGCCUCCCAGCCCUGCGCCUCCGUCGCCGGAGCCUCCGUCGCCUGAUCCUCCCAGCCCGGAGCCCGCUUCCGCGCCGCCCAGCCCCUCUCCUCCCAGCCCGGCGCCGCCUGGCCCGGAGCCUCCCUCGCCGGUGCCUCCCAGCCCGGCGCCUCCGUCGCCGGAGCCUCCGUCGCCUGAUCCUCCCAGCCCGGAGCCCGCUUCCGCGCCGCCCAGCCCCUCUCCUCCCAGCCCGGCGCCGCCUAGCCCGGAGCCUCCGUCGCCUGCGCCAUUGCCGGUGCCUCCCAGCCCUGCGCCUCCGUCGCCGGAGCCUCCGUCGCCUGAUCCUCCCAGCCCGGAGCCCGCUUCCGCGCCGCCCAGCCCCUCUCCUCCCAGCCCGGCGCCGCCCAGCCCGGAGCCCCCGUCGCCUGCGCCAUUGCCGGUGCCUCCCAGCCCUGCGCCUCCGUCGCCGGAGCCUCCGUCGCCUGAUCCUCCCAGCCCGGAGCCCGCUUCCGCGCCGCCCAGCCCCUGUCCUCCCAGCCCGGCGCCGCCUAGCCCGGAGCCUCCGUCGCCUGCGCCAUCGCCGGUGCCUCUCAGCCCUGCGCCUCGGUCGCCGGCGCCUCCGUCACCUGAUCCUCCCAGCCCGGAGCCCGCUUCUACGCCGCCCAGCCCCUCUCCUCCCAGCCCGGCGCCGCCUAGCCCGGAGCCUCCGUCGCCAGCGCCAUUGCCGGUGCCUCCCAGCCCUGCGCCUCCGUCGCCGGCGCCUCCGUCGCCUGAUCCUCCCAGCCCGGAGCCCGCUUCCGCGCCGCCCAGCCCCUCUCCUCCCAGCCCGGCGCCGCCUAGCCCGGAGCCUCCGUCGCCUGCGCCAUUGCCGGUGCCUCCCAGCCCUGCGCCUCCGUCGCCGGCGCCUCCGUCGCCUGAUCCUCCCAGCCCGGAGCCCGCUUCCGCGCCGCCCAGCCCCUCUCCUCCCAGCCCUGCGCCGCCCAGCCCGGAGCCUCCGUCACCUGCGCCAUUGCCGGUGCCUCCCAGCCCUGCGCCUCCGUCGCCGGAGCCUCCGUCGCCUGAUCCUCCCAGCCCGGAGCCCGCUUCCGCGCCGCCCAGCCCCUCUCCUCCCAGCCCGGCGCCGCCCAGCCCGGAGCCCCCGUCGCCCGCACCGCCUGUGCCUUCGCCGGUGCCGCCCAGCCCUGCGCCGCCCAGCCCCUCUCCUCCCAGCCCGGCGCCGCCCAGCCCGGCUCCUAGCCCCGAUCCGCCGAGCCCUGCGCCUCCCAGCCCGGCUCCCAGCCCUGCGCCGCCCAGCCCGGAGCCCCCGUCGCCUGCGCCAUUGCCGGUGCCUCCCAGCCCUGCGCCUCCGUCGCCGGAGCCUCCGUCGCCUGAUCCUCCCAGCCCGGAGCCCGCUUCCGCGCCGCCCAGCCCCUCUCCUCCCAGCCCUGCGCCGCCCAGCCCGGAGCCCCCGUCGCCCGCACCGCCUGCGCCUUCGCCGGUGCCGCCCAGCCCUGCGCCGCCGUCUCCGACGCCUCCGUCUCCGGAUCCGCCCAGCCCGGCUCCUAGCCCCGAUCCGCCGAGCCCUGCGCCUCCCAGCCCGGCUCCCAGCCCUGCGCCGCCCAGCCCGGAGCCCCCGUCGCCCGCACCGCCUGCGCCUUCGCCGGUGCCGCCCAGCCCUGCGCCGCCGUCUCCGACGCCUCCGUCUCCGGAUCCGCCCAGCCCGGCUCCUAGCCCCGAUCCGCCGAGCCCUGCGCCUCCCAGCCCGGCUCCCAGCCCUGCGCCGCCCAGCCCGGAGCCCCCGUCGCCCGCACCGCCUGCGCCUUCGCCGGUGCCGCCCAGCCCUGCGCCUCCGUCUCCGACGCCUCCGUCUCCGGAUCCGCCCAGCCCGGCUCCUAGCCCCGAUCCGCCGAGCCCUGCGCCUCCCAGCCCGGCUCCCAGCCCUGCGCCGCCCAGCCCGGAGCCCCCGUCGCCCGCACCGCCUGCGCCUUCGCCGGUGCCGCCCAGCCCUGCGCCGCCGUCUCCGACGCCUCCGUCUCCGGAUCCGCCCAGCCCGGCUCCUAGCCCCGAUCCGCCGAGCCCUGCGCCUCCCAGCCCGGCUCCCAGCCCGGCGCCGCCCAGCCCGGAGCCCCCGUCGCCUGCACCGCCUGCGCCUUCGCCGGUGCCGCCCAGCCCUGCGCCGCCGUCUCCGACGCCUCCGUCUCCGGAUCCGCCCAGCCCGGCUCCUAGCCCCGAUCCGCCGAGCCCUGCGCCUCCCAGCCCGGCUCCCAGCCCGGCGCCGCCCAGCCCGGAGCCCCCGUCGCCCGCACCGCCUGCGCCUUCGCCGGUGCCGCCCAGCCCUGCGCCGCCGUCUCCGACGCCUCCGUCUCCGGAUCCGCCCAGCCCGGCUCCUAGCCCCGAUCCGCCGAGCCCUGCGCCUCCCAGCCCGGCUCCCAGCCCUGCGCCGCCCAGCCCGGAGCCCCCGUCGCCCGCACCGCCUGCGCCUUCGCCGGUGCCGCCCAGCCCUGCGCCGCCGUCUCCGACGCCUCCGUCUCCGGAUCGGCCCAGCCCGGCUCCUAGCCCCGAUCCGCCGAGCCCUGCGCCUCCCAGCCCGGCUCCCAGCCCGGCGCCGCCCAGCCCGGACCCCGCACCGCCCAGUCCUUCACCGCCUGUGCCGCCGUCGCCUCAGCCGCCCAGCCCCGCGCCUGUGGACGCUCCGCCUUCGCCUGCGCCGCCGGUGCCUCCCAGCCCGGAGCCGCCUAGCCCCGCGCCGCCCAGUCCUGCACCGCCUGUGCCGCCGUCGCCUCAGCCGCCCAGCCCCGCGCCUGUGGACGCUCCGCCUACGCCUGCGCCGCCGGUGCCUCCCAGCCCGGAGCCGCCUAGCCCCGCGCCGCCCAGUCCUUCACCGCCUGUGCCGCCGUCGCCUCAGCCGCCCAGUCCCGCGCCUGUGGACGCUCCGCCUUCGCCUGCGCCGCCGGUGCCUCCCAGCCCGGAGCCGCCUAGCCCCGCGCCGCCCAGUCCUGCACCGCCUGUGCCGCCUUCGCCUCAGCCGCCCAGCCCCGCGCCUGUGGACGCUCCGCCUUCGCCUGCGCCGCCAGUGCCUCCCAGCCCGGAGCCGCCUAGCCCCGCGCCGCCCAGUCCUGCACCGCCUGUGCCGCCGUCGCCUGAUCCGCCCAGCCCCGCGCCUGUGGACGCUCCGCCUUCGCCUGCGCCGCCGGUGCCUCCCAGCCCGAAGCCGCCUAGACCCGCGCCGCCCAGUCCUGCACCGCCUGUGCCGCCUUCGCCUCAGCCGCCCAGUCCCGCGCCUGUGGACGCUCCGCCUUCGCCUGCGCCGCCGGUGCCUCCCAGCCCGGAGCCGCCUAGCCCCGCGCCGCCCAGUCCUGCACCGCCUGUGCCGCCUUCGCCUCAGCCGCCCAGCCCCGCGCCUGUGGACGCUCCGCCUUCGCCUGCGCCGCCGGUGCCUCCCAGCCCGGAGCCGCCUAGCCCCGCGCCGCCCAGUCCUGCACCGCCUGUGCCGCCGUCGCCUCAGCCGCCCAGCCCCGCGCCUGUGGACGCUCCGCCUUCGCCUGCACCGCCGGUGCCUCCCAGCCCGGAGCCGCCUAGCCCCGCGCCGCCCAGUCCUGCACCGCCUGUGCCGCCGUCGCCUCAGCCGCCCAGCCCCGCGCCUGUGGACGCUCCGCCUACGCCUGCGCCGCCGGUGCCUCCCAGCCCGGAGCCGCCUAGCCCCGCGCCGCCCAGCCCUGCACCGCCUGUGCCGCCUUCGCCUCAGCCGCCCAGCCCCGCGCCUGUGGACGCUCCGCCUACGCCUGUGCUGCCGGUGCCUCCCAGCCCGGAGCCGCCUAGCCCCGCGCCGCCCAGUCCUGCACCGCCUGUGCCGCCGUCGCCUCAGCCGCCCAGCCCCGCGCCUGUGGACGCUCCGCCUUCGCCUGCGCCGCCGGUGCCUCCCAGCCCGGAGCCGCCUAGCCCCGCGCCGCCCAGCCCUGCACCGCCUGUGCCGCCGUCGCCUCAGCCGCCCAGCCCCGCGCCUGUGGACGCUCCGCCUUCGCCUGCGCCGCCGGUGCCUCCCAGCCCGGAGCCGCCUAGCCCCGCGCCGCCCAGUCCUGCACCGCCUGUGCCGCCGUCGCCUCAGCCGCCCAGCCCCGCGCCUGUGGACGCUCCGCCUUCGCCUGCGCCGACGGUGCCUCCCAGUCCGGAGCCGCCUAGCCCCGCGCCGCCCAGUCCUGCACCGCCUGUGCCGCCGUCGCCUCAGCCGCCCAGUCCCGCGCCUGUGGACGCUCCGCCUUCGCCUGCGCCGCCGCCGCCCAGUCCCGCGCCUGUGGACGCUCCGCCUUCGCCUGCACCGCCGGUGCCUCCCAGCCCGGAGCCGCCUAGCCCCGCGCCGCCCAGUCCUGCACCGCCUGUGCCGCCUUCGCCUCAGCCGCCCAGUCCCGCGCCUGUGGACGCUCCGCCUUCGCCUGGGCCGCCGGUGCCUCCCAGCCCGGAGCGGCCUAGCCCCGCGCCGCCCAGUCCUUCACCGCCUGUGCCGCCUUCGCGUCAGCCGCCCAGCCCCGCGCCUGUGGACGCUCCACCUACGCCUGCGCCGCCGGUGCCUCCCAGCCCGGAGCCGCCUAGCCCCGCGCCGCCCAGCCCUGCACCGCCUGUGCCGCCUUCGUUUGCGCCAUCGCCGGUGCCGCCAAGCCAACGUCCACCCGGCCCCUCACCACCACCGCCGUUACCUCCAGGACUGGCCCUGAUGCUCAACGAUUUCUCAGCAACAUUCGUAAAUUCAACAAUUAUUGCUGAUUUGGAUGUUACGAACACAUCUUCGGUUAUGUCGUUCUUGCAAGAAUUUAAGCAGAUGACGGCUGCUGCGCUGGGUCUUUCUGUCGACCAGAUCAUCGUUCGCGCGGUUACAGUGGAUGGACAACAGCUUGCCCGGCGGCGGGCGCAGGAGGAUGAACCCAUCGGCGACUGGCAGUCGUUGGAGCCAUCUGCAGAGUUCCAGAAAUUCGGGCGGGUCACGUUACUCCAGCACCGCGCGUACGUCGGCGAUUACGAGACCAUUGCCGCGCUGAAAGCACUUGAGGAGCGGCGGCUACUGGCGCCGCAGCUACCACGCGGCGCUGCGAGCAAAGGGCGGCGGCACAGGCAGCUGGCCGAAGCGGCGUCUGACGUUAUUGUGGAUUUCACAGUGGUGCAGUACGAGGAGGUGGAGCUGCCGCCAUCGCCUCCACCCCUGCCGCCCCUAUCGCCUGGUCUGGUAGCGCCGCCUGGGACCCCGCUGAGGCCGCCUUCCCGACCGCCCAGACCUCCGCGUCCGCCGCCGCUGAAUCUGAACAAGCUGGCACAAGAGCUGGGCGCACAAGAGGUGAUCGUGGUAUACUCGCCACCCUCGCCGCAGCCCCCUGGUCCGGCACCACCGCCGCCGCUUAGCCCACAGCCGCCCUCACCUGCGCCCAGCCCGCCGGCAGGCAGUGGUGCUGCAUUGCCCGCCGCACUCGAGGCGACUAUCGUGGGUGCGGAGUACGCGGCUGUUGUUGGCUCGCCAACGUUCGAGGUCGAGUUCUGUGCGGAUCUCAUCUCCAGUUCGGGCAGCAAGUUGUGCUUGGUCAUCUACAUCCUGCCAGGCAGCGGCGGUGUAGUCGUGGGUGCAAUGCUCGUGCCUCAGGAUGCCACCAGCCAGGCAGACUUUGACACAGUGGUGCAGUCGAUGCUGGACUAUCCGAAUGGCGUCUUUACCAUCGUAUUCACGUCGGCUUACCGAGUGUCGUCUGUCAUCCUGAAGAGGUCACCAUCGCCGCGCCCGCCGUUCUCGCCUUCACCGACCCCACCCCCCUUCUUCAUGUCAAUGUCGCCGCCGCCACCACCACCGCCGCCGCCGCCAGAGACGCCUCCUUCCCCGUCCCCCUCAAGCCCCCCUCCGCCGUUCCCCCUUCCGCCGGGUUGGCCAACACCUCCACCGCUGGCACCCCCUCCGCGCCUGCCACCACCACUAUCGCCAGCACCAUCUGUCCCGGAGAGCCUGCUGGCACCCCCUUCGCCGGCACCUCAGGAGCCGUCACAGCCACCGGCAUCGCCCGUGCCUUCUCCGGUACCUCACGAUUUGCCCCCACCGCCGCAUGCGCGGAGCCCCAAGCCGCCGCGACGCAAAAGGCAACCGCCCUUCCCACAAAAGCCUCCAAAGUCACCCAAGCCGCCCAAGCCGCGUCGCUCCCCGCCAUCACCUCCCAGCCCGCAGCCACCUGCGCCCUACCCGCCGCCUGGAAAGCCCAAGCGGCCGCCUCGUGGGCGGGCGCCGCCGCGGCCCCUCCUCCAAGCGGCAAAAGAGGACCCGCCUCCUGCACAGCCGGAGUCGCCCACUCCACCUACACUACCGCCGCCGCCGAUGCAGCGGCGGCGUGACAAGUCGCCUCCGCUACUGCCACCACCAGCACCACCACCUGACGCGCCGCCGGCGAGUGCACCGCCGCCAUCACGCCGCAACCGCUCCGGUCGCCCUGCUUAAUUUGUCCCGAGUAAGUGGAUGGAGGUAACCCAGUUUUGCACCUGGUCUGAAGCACUGCCGCUGAGGUACCUUGAUCCUGACGCACCUUUUCUGCUGUUGUUCACCGCAGCAGGUUAUUGCUGUCCUUACACUGCCGCUCGGUUAGAGCUAGCUAUUGGAUGCGAGACCAUGGAAGACCUCUCCCGACAAGGACAGCACGGCUCUUGGACAGGAAAGGCCCCUUGCUUGGGACAGCUUUGGGCCAUUCUCCGGCCGGAACAGCAGCGCAUGUUACAUCGGACUAUCAACAACAUUGCUGUCAUGGUCCUCGAGUAUGAAACAGUGACAGAAUCAUGAAUUUAUGCAAAUAGGUAGAUUCCGUUGCAGGCUGGCAAUCACACCACACCCUGCUUAGGUAUUUAAGAAAACGCAGUGCUUGAGGGUGUGCCUAACAUUUCCUGCACAUUUAAGGCAGGAGGCAGCACCGGGACCGCUGUGUCUCACCAGCAGUCUCCAGGUAUGCACGUGCAGGGACACUCUGGAACCUCGUAAUUGAUCCAUGGCAGGCAGUAACAGCGUACGGUUGCGCCCCAUUCCUUCCGGGUCAUUCAAUACCUGGCAUUUGGGAUAGUAUACAGUACACAAACGUACGAGAUGAAGUGUUUUGACGAAAGGACGAGCAGGUUGAGUGGGUGUGCCUGGUGAAAUGCUAACAGCUUGACUGUUGCUUUAGCACGCGACGCAAUGAAUGCUAUUGUGUGAUGCUGGAUGAUUGAAGAUUGUCUUUCUUGUUGAUUUCCGGAUGCUGCUGCCUGUAGAAUUGUGGUCCACAUCUCCAUGACCGAAUGAAGGGUUUCAGGAUUGAGAGAGCAGUUGAAUGUAUGGGCACCUGUGACGGCAUACACGGCUCUUGCGUGUGCGUGCAUUCGCCCUGUGACCUGGAGCGCACUCUGUUUUACUCAAGUUGCAGGACGUGUGGUCCCUGGCAGCUUUCUUUAGAAGAUACAAAUGUUGCGGACAUGUAUUUCAGUUGAUCCCUGUAUGCAUUGCAGUUGACGGCGAUGGUGCUGUGGGCGGCGGUGGAGGUGGAAGAGGACGCAGGCGCGCGCCCGGUGCAGCGCUGCGAGCAGUGGCAGCAAAGGUGGCGGCACUAGGCGGCAGGUGCUGCCGCCGGCGCUGCAGCUGCAGCUGCAGCUGCAGCAGCUGUGCAGCAGGGUGGCGGCGCACAUGGCUAGAUAGACAGUAUUGAUUGUGCACACGCCAUCCACCGUAAGUCCGUCGAUCCGGGGGAGGCCGCUUCGGCGGCCGACAGCCCUGAUGCACCCCGCUAACCGACCCCAGGUGGUCAUAACGCAUUGGAUGAAGGCGGUUCUAUUACCAAAUGAUGGUCGAUCGAUGCGAGGAGCAUAAGAAAUUGCCCUACCCGUGAGAUGUAAAUCAUAUGUUCA